CGUGCAACGCGGAAUUUCUCCCCUCGUUCUGUUUGUAAAUAUCGCGAGGGUUUUCAAAAUAUCGUGGUCAUCCUGUUAAUUGGGACACCUAUAUAAAGGAACAGAGGCCUCCAUUGUUGAUGCGCUCGAAACCAGUACAAAGCUUUCAAGCUCUCUCUCUCUCUCUCCUAAUCAAACAGAAAGCCUCGGCGAUUCUCGCUCUUUGAUUUAUAUGAUGGCGUUCAAGAAAACCCUAGCCCAGCGCCUGUUCAACAUCUCCAAGAUCUCACCCCAAACCCUCCGAAACUGCCGGAUUUCUUCGUCGGCGGUUCAUACCCGACCGGCUCCCAAGCCACGGGAAACAAGCAUAGCACCCGACCCGGGAGACAAUGUCAUUUUCCGCCGCUUCCUCCACAAGAGGUCGUCGGCGGCGACAUCCCAGAGGCCGGAAAUGUGGUCCUUGCCGACUGGAGAAAACCUGAUGCAGAAGCUCAGGGUCAUGGCCAUUGGCUCUGACCGAAUCCGAUUGGACUGUUUGGCUCCGCCGGAGCGCGAGCAGGAGAGGUCGCCGGCGGUGGGGUCAGGAUUGACGGCGGAGGAAACCAGGAAGUUGCUGAGGGUGGCCCAGUUGGAGGCUGUGAAAUCGAAGCUUCGAGAAGUCCAGAAAAGCUGGGUAUCGUAUCCGGAGUUUGUUCGGAUAUGCAAGGAGGGUUGUUCGGAUCCGGAUCUGGGUCUCGGGUUCGCCAAGUCGUUAGACGAAAACGGGUCCGUUAUCGUGUUGGGAAACGCCGUUUGCUUGAGGCCUGAGCAGGUAGCUAAAGCCAUCCAGGAACUAAUUCCAAUUCCAGGAGCUGCAGCAGUCAACCCAAACGACCCAAGAAUCAGGGAAUUGGAGGACAUGGAGAGGCAGAAGUUCGAAAUCGACAGGAAAGCCGAGUCCCUGGUUCGGAGGGAGCUCUGGUGUGGGCUUGCAUAUCUUGUUGUCCAAACAGCCGGGUUCAUGAGGCUCACCUUCUGGGAACUCUCGUGGGACGUCAUGGAACCUAUUUGCUUCUACGUUACUUCAAUGUACUUCAUGGCUGGCUAUGCAUUUUUCCUCAGGACCUCGAAAGAGCCCUCUUUCGAGGGAUUUUUCCAGAGCAGGUUUCACGCGAAGCAGAAGCGCCUCAUGAAGCUUCAGAACUUCGAUGAGGGAAGGUACAAUGAGCUCAGAAAAGCUUGUUAUCCUUACUCGUCAUCGUCUUCUUCGGAACUGCCCGCAUCAACUGCUUUUGAUGGGCCGAAGAGUGUUGUGCAGUUUGGUUCAAUACAUAGUUAAAAUUACAGAGGCAACAGAAGAAGCAAACAAAAACGAAAAUAACAAUAUGAUUGAAAAUGAAAUCCCAAUUUUGUUUUAACCCCCCCUUCCCCCCCUCCCCCAAGAUUUAACUUUAGAAUUUAGUCUCCGGCGUUCUGUAAACAAUGAUGUGGAGAGUGUAGGUUUGUAGUUUUAUGAUAUCAAUUUACCCCCCAAAAAAAAAAUCACUCUGAUUCACAAC